GUCUGCGCUUUCUUCUUCAUUUAUGUUUUCUCCUUGAUUUGACGAGCUUUGUUUCUGGUCGCUAAAGACAGUGAAGUAAUUAGGUGAAGAAGAUGAGAGCUCACAAGAACACAAACAGUGCUAACAGAAGACCAGCAGUUACUCACUUACUUUGCAUUGCCGUUUUAUUGUCCCUUGUCGUUUUCGCUAUCCAAUCCUCCUUCUCAGGCGGUCGAGGCUCAGAUCUCUACAGAGAAGAAAUCCGUACUUUAUCAGAUUUCCAAUCUUCUGUUCAGCAAUGUGUGGCGAACAGAGGGCUCGGUUUGACAGCUCAUAUUAUCGACCACUGCAAGCUGAUUCUUAAGUUUCCUCCAGGCACUAACAGCACUUGGUACAACGCACAAUUCAAAGUUUUUGAGCCGUUGGAAUAUCAAUAUGAUGUUUGUGAUGCUAUUCUAUUGUGGGAACAGUAUCGUAACAUGACUACAGUGUUGACAAGGGAAUACCUUGAUGCUCGGCCUGAUGGUUGGUUAGAUUAUGCAGCAAAAAGGAUUGCUCAAUUGGGAGCUGAUAAAUGCUACAAUAAAACUCUUUGUGAGGAACAUCUUAAUUUGAUUCUACCAGCAAAACCCCCUUUCCGACCCCGGCAAUUUAAAACAUGUGCGGUUGUUGGUAACUCAGGAGAUUUGCUAAAGACAGAGUUGGGAGAAGAGAUUGAUAGUCACGAUGCUGUUAUACGAGACAAUGAAGCCCCGGUGAAUGAGAAAUACGCCAAGCAUGUUGGGCUAAAAAGGGAUUUCCGCCUUGUUGUUCGGGGUGCGGCUCGUAAUAUGGUCAAGAUUCUCAAUGGUUCCACUGAUGAGGUACUGAUAAUCAAAAGUGUGACGCACAGAGACUUCAAUGCAAUGAUAAAGAGUAUUCCAAAUCCUGUUUAUCUCUUCCAAGGAAUUGUGCUACGCAGAGGUGCUAAGGGAACAGGAAUGAAAUCUAUUGAACUAGCUCUUUCCAUGUGUGACAUUGUUGACAUAUAUGGAUUUACAGUUGAUCCCGGCUAUACUGAAUGGACAAGAUACUUCUCUACUCCCAGGAAAGGGCACAAUCCACUGCAAGGACGUGCAUAUUAUCAGCUUCUAGAAUGCCUUGGUGUUAUUAGGAUUCAUUCUCCCAUGAGAGCACAGAGGAAACAGGACUGGUCAGAUGUGCCGAGUCGAGAAAUGAUAAGCAAAGCUCAUAAAGCCGCUUUGCGCUUAAAGAGGAGUCAGGGGCCGGAACAGUUCGGGAGUUGCAAGGUAUGGGGAAAUGUAGACCCUAACAGCAAUGGACCCAUCUCUGGCUCUUCCGACAUGAGUGAUAUCAGGAAGUUUUCAAAUUACAACAAAUGGGAGGUCUUGCCAUUUGAGAAUCUAAGAAAGGAAGCGCGCGAUCACUUUGUCCAGAUGGAAGGUGUCUCUCUCUACAAAAUGGACGGCAAUAAAUUGGAUGAUCUGGUGUGUGUGAGGCAUCCCGUAUAAUAUGUAGCUGAAAAUGGAUGGUGAUAAAUUGGAUAAUCUGAUAUAUGUGAGGCAUUUUCUGGAAUUCUCAAGGUAUGAACUGCUAGUUGCAUUGUUGCGUCUCUUUAGUUUCGUCCUUAAGUUGGUUGCAAGCAGCAGAAUUCUGCUGGCUCUAUCGAGUUGACAUGAAAUUUCCGUUGAAGAUUGGUUUCUUCGAGGAAUCUUAAAUCUGCAGCCGAUAUUCAAUCAGUUAAACAAAGUGAUUAAUUAUUAAUCAACUGUUCCAUUAGAUAGUCCUAGAAUUUAGAACCCACUGUAGCAUUAUAUUGCUGGAAACUGUAGGAAUGUUGUAUCUAGCUGGGGGAUGGUAAUGUUAUUGGUUUUCACGUGCCAAGGUUGUCAUUGUUGUUUAAUAUUCUGAUCAUUUUUUGAAUUAUUGAACUUGAUUUCAUACUAUCAUAAACUAUAAUUGCAGUUGGAAA